CAAGUCCUCCAAUCACACCAGAUACUCGUGGUUCUUUGAACUUGAGUCUUGAGGUAAGUGGCAGCCAUUCGUCAUCUCAGCUUGAAGUUCUUGUCGGAUGUAAAGUCGCCUUCAGACGAACGAGAUACCAGACAUCAGCAGAUUCUCAGAUUACAUACGCAUCUAAAGUGACUUCAACUUACCCACACGUCGACGAGCCACCAUGGCCCCUAUUAAGAGCAUAGAGUACUUCCGAGUACCUCCUCGCUGGCUCUUUGUCAAAAUCACAGACGAGGAUGGCAACUACGGUUGGGGUGAAGCAACCCUAGAGGGGCACACGCAGGCAGUCGAAGGAUGUCUCGAGUUUUACAAGAGUCAGUUUACUGGGAUGGAUGCCGAUGAGAUUGAAAAUAUCUGGCAGACAGCCUGGCGCAAGCACUUCUACCGCGGCAGUGCGGUCUUUAUGAGUGCCUUGUCUGGCGUUGACAUUGCCCUUUGGGACCUGAAGGGGCGUAAGCUGGGUGUUCCCAUCUACGAGCUUCUUGGUGGCAAGGUCCGAGACAAGAUCAAGGUCUACGCUUGGAUCGGCGGGGACCGUCCUGACGAUGUUGCUUUGCAAGCGCAACAGCGCCUUGAAGCUGGUUUCACCUGUGUCAAAAUGAAUGCCACGGCGGACCUCGGCUGGCUCGACUCCCCAGCUGCUCUACAGACGUCCGUGGAUAGACUGGAGACAGUGAAGAAGAUGGGCCUUGACGUCGGCGUCGACUACCACGGUCGAGUCCACAAGGCUAUGGCAGACCAACUCGCCAAGCUCAUGGAGCCACACCAGCCCUACUUCAUCGAAGAGCCGCUUCUCUCAGAGAACAUUGGCGGCAUCGCGGCCCUUUCGCAGAAGACGACCAUACCUAUCGCGCUCGGCGAGCGGCUCUACCACCGCUGGGAUGUCCGCCCCUUUCUGGAGGCGCAGUGCAUCGAUAUCCUCCAGCCCGACAUCUCCCACGUAGGUGGUAUCUCAGAGAUCCGCCGCAUCGCCGCCAUGUGCGAGACCUACGACGUCUCCGUCGCGCCGCACUGCCCCCUGGGUCCCAUCUCCCUGGCGGCCAGCGUGCAGGUCGACACGGUGAUGCCCAACUUUUGCAUCCAGGAGAUGAGUCUCGGCAUCCACUACAACGCCAUGGUCGGCAACGAGGACCUGACGAGCUACAUCAAGAACCCGGAAAUCUGGGGCCCGGUUGGGGGCUAUAUCGACAUUCUCCGAGGUCCGGGUCUGGGAAUCGAGGUUGACGAGGAGAAGGUGCGGGAGCUCUCGAAGGAGUGUGACAUCUGGGUCACGCCUGGCUUUAACGGCCCUGGGGGGGAGAUUCGAGAGUGGUAGAUCACUGCUCGGGGAAGCGGUGAUGAGAUGAGAUGUUUCAUCGGAUGAGGGAAGGGUGGCACGCGAUCAACGUGAUGAUCGGGAACAA